GGACGAACGCACUUGUUGCAGGGACGAUAAAUGACGUGGUGGACGUGAUCUUUACGAGGUGAAGGUAGCAGCGAGACGCAGAAGAAAAUCGUUCGGUGAUUCCCAAGAUUUUGAAGGAUCAUAUAGGUACGUUUCGACGAGGAGGCAGGAUUUCUCGCACGAAAACACAAGGGGACGAUGUCGGGGACGCAGACCACGAUUUCCUUUCCCGUACGAAAGAAAUGCAGCUUUUACGGUCGCAAGGACGUCGUGAAGGAGGACUUCACGAACGCCACCGCGAGGCACACCCCGUCCGGGUACACCCCGACCGUGAGAAAGAUCGUCACUUUGACCAGCAGCGAGUCCGAGUCCGACUCGGAUAUCGAAAACGCGACGAAGGAUCGCAGGGGGAUCGUUGACAGGCGAACUGACAGCUCGCCGACGAGAUGUCGCAAAUCCAGCGAUUUGGAUGAGCAACACUCUACUACGCCAUCCAAACAGAGGAGGCACAAAUCGCCCUUGACUCCGUCCACUCUUCUGGACAAAUUGAAGCUAUCCGGUACCAAAAAUAGAUUAAGUCCUAAGCAGUUAUUUAAAUCUCGACUUUCCAAAGAAGAAGAGGAGACGAAGGAGGAAGACGAAUUAAAUUCCAAUUUGUUAUUUGGAUCCAACAAGUAUCAGAACGCGCGUAAAGCUCUCCACAGUUCUGCUACGGAAGAGCUGCCUGGAAGGGAGGAGGAGCUGAGCAAGCUUCAGGAAUUUUUUCAAAGACACCUGGAGCAAGGAACGUCGACCUCCCUGUAUGUGUCCGGGCCACCAGGCACCGGGAAAUCCGCCAGCCUCUUCAAGAUGAUGCGACAGUCGGACUUGAGGUCCAAGCUCAAGAUAGUCUAUGUCAAUUGCACCAGUAUGAAGUCCGCAGCAGCCAUCUAUGCGAAAAUAAUCAAGGAAUUGGCCAUAAGCAGUGUCACCAAGUCGGGGAAAAAUUCCAAGCCGCUCAUAGAGAGAUACUUGACGUCCAGCAGGAAGCCAUUGCUCCUGGUGCUGGACGAGAUAGAUCAGUUGGAGAGCAAGAAGCAGUCCGUGCUGUAUUCCAUCUUCGAAUGGCCGUCCCUGCCGAAUUCCAAGCUGAUCCUCGUCGGAAUAGCCAACGCUUUGGACCUGACAGAUAGAAUAUUACCCAGAUUGCAGGCCAGAUGCGAGCUGAAGCCGACGUUGAUGCACUUUGCACCAUACACCAAGCAGCAGAUAUUCGACAUAAUAUCCGCGAGGCUAAAUCAAGCAAAUGCAAGCGGUAUUUUCACCCCAUCUGCGAUUCAGUUGCUCGCGGGGAAGGUGGCCGCGAUCUCAGGGGAUAUCAGAAGAGCCCUGGACAUCAGCAGAAGAGUGGUGGAACAGGCAGAGUCCCAUCAGGUUGCACAGGUGCUGCAGCCAGCGAACGACAAUGAUACAAACAUAGAAUCCUCGAAGCAAGAAACAGAGAAGCCAGUAGACUUGAAAGAAGUAGUCACAAUUCUAAAUGGAGUUUAUGGUGGUACACAGAAUAUUGAUCAAGAACAGGAUACCUUUCCCCUUCAACAGAAACUGUUACUCUGUUCUUUAUUGCUUAUCCUGAACAAAGGAAGAAACAAAGAUAUUACAGUUGGAAGAUUGCACGAGGUUUACAAGAAAGUUUGCAAGAAGCGCAACAUAUUCGCCGUUGACGGUUCCGAAUUUGUGAAUCUGUGCUCGUUAAUAGAGACCAGGGGCAUCCUGAGAAUCGUCGGCCGAAAAGAGGCACGUUUAUGCAAAGUAAACUUGCAGUGGGAUCAGGAGGAGCUGGACGCUGCUUUCCAGGACAAACAGAUGAUGGCAGAUAUAAUUAACGACACAAGUUGUUUGUAGAAUAAUUAGAGAUCUUUAAUGUUUGUUACCUCUAAUUUAUUUAUUAGCUCCUUUCAAAUUUUAUAUACAUAGUGUGAAAGCGAGCAUUUGAUAUGUUGCAUCACCAUUGCGUGCCUAUUAUUAUUUCUUCAAUAGUCAGAUCAUUGUUAAAAUCUAGUUUGUUACAAUAAACAAAUCUAUCACGUAACAUUCGUUCAACGAGAUAUGACAAGGUUUACUGAAGGACUGAUUGUACUUUAUAAGUGUGAGAGACUGCAAUUGUAUAUUUUUGUAUCAAAUUUUAAAAUUUGUGCAAAAUAAGUUCAAGUAGCAAGUCAUUUUGACGUCAAUUUGCUAUUUAGGACGAUAGUCUUGCGAGAGAGUGUAAUUGAACUGUUUUGUAUACUAAUAUUUAUGUCAAAUAAAACGUACAGAGUGAAGUUUUUAUUCA